UCAUGCUGCAGCAGGUUCAGAGACAGGUCUGUCUCCUGUCACUGCAGGGCCUCCCAUUGCUUGUGUGAGGGGAGACACAGAAUUCUGAUGCCACUUUGAGGCUGAUGCCACUUUUACUCAGGGGUCUCCUUGGUCACAGGGUGCUGGCAGAUGGGGCCUCCCAUUGCUGCUGCCAGGCCCGUAAUCUGUCAUGGGCCCCUGUACCGCCUCCUCAUGCUGCUGCCAGGUCCAGAGUGUGUCAUGGGUCCCUGUACGGCCUCCCAUUGCUGCUGUCUCCAUCGCCACACUCUGCCAUGUGCCACUUUCAGGUCUCCUCACACUGCUGGUGGGUUCCAUUUUGU